GGUUGACGCAAUGCAACAUGAACAUAUUUCCCCGCCCAACAUUAGGAUAUGUCUUAUCCCGCAUUGCGUUAACCACAUUUGGGAACAAAGUACUACGUGCACAGGACCACAUCUACCACCAGCUACCAGACUGACGUGUACACGAUUCGAUAUUCAGUUACUUCGUAUCGAUUCUUCUUUAACGAUGUCUUAUCUCUCUUCCCGUCUGAGGAAGAAGUCGAAACAAGUGAAAUGAACAGUGAGAGUGAACUGAAGGCGUCAAGUGACGGGAGUGAAAACAAUCCAUCUCCCUUCCUCCCUCUCUCUCCCCACACUUCUCUUGCUCACGGGAACUGAAAGCGACGAGGAGGACAGAGCAAGCCGUGUUCUGGGCUGUCAGCGUGCAUCUUGAUUCGACCGCCCGCGUCAAGGAGACAAGAAGGGAAAAGAGAGGGAGGGCGUAGAGGAAGAAAGUAUAGGCUCUCUCUCACUCUGGGACACUUGUAGGGGAAACGAACGGAGGAGUAGAAGAGACACAACACCACGAAGAGGAGAAAUACCAGUAGGAGGAGGAAGGGAAAAAAGAACACACGCUCUAAAGUCCCGCCUCAGUUUGCGCGUGGAAACAGUCGCGAAACGCAAGGAAUAAAAAAAGCUAAGCAAACAGAGGAAAAGAAGAGCGAGGGAAAACAAAAAAAAAACAGAAUAGAAGCAGCCAGCAAGUGCUCGCGCUCAGUGUCAGAUGGAGAGGAGGAGGAGGCGGGAUUGAUGAGGUUCCUCCUGCUGCCACCGCCGCUCCUGUCCGGACACUGCUAACUGGCGCCUUCACAGCUGAUCGGAGAGCUCCUGCCGUCGGUGCAUCCUCUGCCUCGGUCUCCCCGUUCCUCGUCAUCGCUCUUCUGCUAAUCAGCCCCAGUCGUGGAAGAGGAAGAGACAUGGGAGUCCUGGUCUGCGGCGCGCUGCUUCUAGCGCUCAUCUGUCAAAGCCAUAGCCACAGCGUCAGAGACCCCCUGAACAGGUUUAAGAGGUAUCAGGAGGCUCCCUGGUCCGACCCAAAUCAGUGCUCCAGGUUGAGACAGCCUGUCAUCCAGUCCAACUCCCACAAUCUGACACUGGACAUCCGAAUGCCCGGUGUGAUCCCUGCAGCGUCGGAUACCUACCUGUGCAUGGCGGUUCCUGUUCCUACGCAGAGGGAAGCCUUUAUAGUGGACUUUGUGCCCCACGCCACGAUGGACACCGCCCACCACAUGCUGCUGUACGGGUGCCGGACGCCCGUCUCCACCAAAGGCUACUGGGACUGCGGGACGGAGCAGGGGACCUGUGAGGACGAGGCCAAAAUCAUGUACGCCUGGGCCCGGAAUGCCCCACCAACCAAACUACCCCGAGAUGUGGGAUUCAAAGUCGGCGGCGACACGCGCAUCACCCACUUCGUGCUGCAGAUCCACUACGGUGACGUCAGUGCGUUUAGAGAUCACCAUAGAGACUGCUCAGGACUCACUCUCACAAUGACUUCCAAACCGCAGCCCUUCAUUGCUGGCAUGUACCUGAUGAUGUCUGUAGACACCGUCAUCCUCCCGGGGAAAAGAGUGACGAAUGCAGACAUCGCCUGUCCUUACGAGUCAUAUCCAAUGCACCCUUUUGCCUUCAGGACCCACACACACCGUCUGGGUCAAGCGGUCAGUGGAUACAGAGUUCGCGAUGGAAAGUGGACCCUGAUUGGACGUCAGUCACCCCAGUUACCGCAGGCGUUUUACCCGGCGAGCAACUCCGUCACGGUGGAGUACGGAGACACGCUGGCGGCCCGCUGUGUGUUCACCGGCGAAGGGAAAACCACAAAGACGCGCAUCGGUGGGACCUCGGAGGACGAGAUGUGUAACUUCUACGUCAUGUAUUACAUGGAGAGCAAGCACGCGGUGCCCUACAUGGACUGCAUGGAGCACGGGCCCAGCGACCUCUUCAGACACAUCCCCCCCGAGGCCAACGUCCCCAUCCCUGUUCCCCAAGACCACAUGAUGAUGAUGAACAUGAUGCACGGGGGCGGCGGGGGCGGCGGGGGCCACGGAACAGAUCACCAGGACGACUCUGCCCCUCCAGAGCCCAAGCGAGCGGAGGAGGAUGGCCUCGAUCAGGGUGACUUCUACUCCCUCCUCUCCAAACUCUUAAGGGGGAGGGGGAGGGAGGACGUUGUCCACGUGCAUGAGUAUGACCCCGGCGAGGUCGAGCGAGCCCGGGCGGAUCUGCUCGAGAGCUUUAUGCCACAGAAAGACUGGGCCAGUGCAAGGAUAGGCUACAAUCAGAGAGGCAACCCUGUGCUGGUGAGGGACAGGGUGCACAAGUUCCACCAGUUAGAGUCCACGGUCAGGCCGUCUACGAGCAGGAUUAUGCCGGUCGUGCGGCCCGCUACUGUUGUGGCCAAGGCCGAUGACACAGGGGCUCAUCUGGAGGAGGUGGUCGACUGGCCCGAGGCGCCGCUGCAGCUGGGCCAAGUGUCCGGUCUGGCUCUGGACACCGACGACAACCUGGUCAUCUUCCACCGUGGCGACCACACAUGGGGGAGGAGUUCCUUUGACAACCAAGAGAGAUACCUGGAGCGGGCUCUCGGACCCAUCUGGCAGCCCACCAUCCUGGUGCUGGACCCCGCCAAAGGCAAAGUGCUGCAGGCUUCAGGCAGGAACAUGUUUUAUCUGCCGCAUGGCAUCACAACCGAUAAGGACAACAACUACUGGGUCACUGAUGUAGCACUUCAUCAGGUUAUGAAACUAAGUGGCGAUGGCAAAGACAAGCCACUGGUGGUCCUGGGGGAGGCCUUUAAACCAGGAAGUGAUGAGCACCACUUCUGCAAGCCCACAGACGUGGCAGUGGACCCCGUGACGGGGAACAUCUAUGUGUCAGACGGCUACUGCAACAGGAGGAUCCUCAAGUUCUCUCCUGACGGGACAUAUCUGAAGCAGUGGGGAGCAGGGUACACUGACCGCAGGAGACGACUGCCCUUCCAGAUCCCACACAGUCUGGUGUUCCUGCCGGACCGCCGGGAGCUGUGCGUGGCGGACCGGGAGAACGGACGCAUCCAGUGCUUCCUGGCCGAGUCGGGCGAGUUCAUCAAAGAGAUCAAGAAGGAAGAGUUCGGAGGAGAGGUGUUUGCUGUGUCGUACGCACCGGAACAUGGUGGUCUGAUCUAUGCUGUGAAUGGGGAGUCUCUCACGGGUGCAUCGGCACCUCUGAGGGGCUUCGUGGUGAAUUAUUCAACUAAGGAGAUCCUGGACACGUUCAGCCCGGACUCACAGGAGUUCAAGAUGCCUCACGACAUCGUGGUCAGCAGAGACGGAAGUGUUUUUGUUGCAGACGCCGACACCAACUCUGUUUUCAAGUUUGUCCCCGGAGGAAAAGCAGAGCACCGGUCUGUGAAAAAGGGUGGAAUUGAAGUCGCGGAAAUUGAAGAGACAGAGACCAUUGUGCAGGCCAUCCUGAAGCCUCUCCAUAAGGUCCCUCCGCAUGUUGCCAUGCCAGCUGUUCAGAGGCCUCCUGAGGUCUCAGUCAAGCACCUGGACCACCUGGAGCACCUGGACCAGCAGAAACAGCUGAAACUGCAUCAGCAGCAGCAGCCAGUCCCCGCCGUGGAGCCGCACAAGCAGGUGGAGGCACACAAGCAGGUGGAGGCACACAAGCAGGUGGAGGCACACAAGCAGGUGGAGGCGCACAAGCAGGUGGAGCAGGAGCACCACGAGAAGGAGCAGGAGAAGGAGCAGAGCGUGGUCAGGCAGGGCGUCUCCCCGGGCCUCAUCACCGCGCUGCUGCUCAUCCCGCUGGUGGUGGUGCUCGCCGUGGGGGUGUUCAUCCGCUGGAGGAAGAGCCGCAUGUAUGGAGAUGACUACGAGGUAAAACUGGAGCCAAACUCCUCCGGUGGAAUCCUGGGAAAGCUGAGAGGUAAAGCCGCAGGCUCCUUGAACCUUGGCAACUUCUUCGCCACGCACAAAGGCUACACCCGGCAAGGGUUCGACCGCCUGAGCACCGAGGGCAGCGACCAGGAGAAGGAUGACGAGGACGCCACAGACUCGGAGAACGAGGAGUACUCCGCCCCCCCACUGCCCCCCAUCACCUCCUCCUCCUCUUAGGAGCCCAUAGACCCCCCCCCCCCCCCGUUACCUGCUGACCUGCCCGACACACGCUGCCCGCCAGAGCAAUCCUUCUGUCCACCCACACCGUCAGGAUGUACUUUAAUCAUAUAUGUAAAACUGUUCGUGUCGGCUGCCAACACAUCUCUUCUUAUUUAUCUGUGCAAACAUUUCCCCCCCCGUAGGAGCGCUUCUGACUGCCACUUUAAUUUAUUAGUUUUGGGGACCAGCUGUAGGAGUGAAGCACUGGCAGAGAUAUGGAUUUAGCUCCAGAUGAUUAUUUUAUGGAUUUAGCUCCAGAUGAUUAUUUUGAAAAUGGGUUUUAUGGGAUAAAGAUAGAGCUUUAUUUUUACUUUUUUCUUUUUUUUUGUUGCCAGGACUGAAUUAUUGUUCUUAUAUAUACUUCCAAGUGAUUUGAUCAACCGGAUAGCAUUUCAUAAGUUAUCAGGUAAUUGCUCCAGAUUUUUGGUUGAUGACUUAUCUGUACAUGUGUGCCUUUUGAAUUGUGUAUUUUUUGCCUUUCCGCAGCACCUGUUAUUACAUACGUGCCACAUAAUGAAAGCGCUGCUAUUGUCAUCUGUAUUUUUUAUUUUUUUGUUGUAUCGCAUUCAAUGAAAGGCUAAAAAAAAUUGAAGAUUACUAUUAUUAUGUAUCUAAAGCUGUAUUUACGACAUUUUCCAAGCGGAUGUAUAAAAUGUGUCUGAUGUUUGUUGUGACACUGAAGUUUUAUCGCAAGAAUACUAUUUUCAGUAACAAUGUUAUUUGUGUAAUAAAGUGUCUGCAAAGCAUCAA